UUUUCUCAUUCUUUCUGCCAGUUAUUUACAGAGUCACAAGUGACCAGACCAAGAGCCACAUCUUUUACUGACUUUCAUGCUUCCUUUGGCUUAGUAAUCUCCUGACAUCACAACAGAGCUGUGGAAGAGACCUCCUAGAAUGGAGAUUUCUCUGGAUAAAGUGAAAAUGAAAGAGGAAGCAGAUGUUGAGGAGACAAGCGAGGCUGCAAAGGUCUCCCCUUUCAAAGGGAGCAAGAGACAGAACUCAGGUUGAAGCAGUGGAAAGCAUGAAGUGCUGGACAGACUUUGAACUGCCACAGAAAUGAAAAAUAACAGCUGAGCAACAUCUUGGGUUUGCUAAUUACACCAGGUAAGAAAGUGAGUGGAAGAUUGAGUGGAAGAUUGAGUGUACAAGAGUGUGUUAAGUUUCAAGUUGUGCUGUUCAACGAUGAUGCACUGUGGAAAAAGACACAUUUGUGCUGUUGUUGCAUGUCUCCUUAUAUUUGCAAGCAUUUUAAUCUGCUCCAGGAAAGGUACUCAGCUACAGAACAUUAUAACUAGAAAAAUCUUCCCCCAGGCAAGAACUGUCAGUCCAGAAAGUCAGCUUUGUAGAGGAAAACCUGCUCAAAAUGUAAUAACACCGUUAAAAGAUAACAGAACGUUUAUCAUUGCCCCGUACUUUGAUGACAGAGAAAGCAAAGUCACCCGUGUGAUUGGGAUUGUUCACCAUGAAGAUGUAAAAGAACUUUACUGCUGGUUCUGCUGUCAGCCUCAGGGAAAGAUAUAUGUGUCAAAAUCACAAAUUGAGGUUCACUCAGAUAGAUUUGGAUUCCCUUAUGGUGCAGCAGACAUAGUUUGCUUGGAACCCCAAAACUGCGAUCCGACGCAUGUAUCGGUUCAUUGGUCCCCCCAUGGAAAUAUUGAUCAGCUGCCAAGGUUUGAAAUUAAAAACCGCAAGGCCGAGACCUUUUCUGUUGACUUCACUGUAUGCAUCUCUGCCAUGUUUGGAAAUUACAACAAUGUCUUACAGUUUAUACAGAGUAUGGAGAUGUAUAAGAUUCUUGGGGUACAGAAAGUGGUGGUCUAUAAGAACAGCUGCAGCCAGCUGAUGGAGAAAGUCUUGAAGUUCUAUGUGGAAGAAGGGACCGUAGAAAUAAUUCCCUGGCCAAUAAAUUCACACCUCAAGGUUUCUUCUAAAUGGCACUUUUCUAUGGAUCCCAAAGAUAUUGGCUACUAUGGCCAAAUCACAGCACUAAAUGACUGUGUAUAUCGUAACAUGCAGAGGAGCAAGUUUGUGGUUCUUAAUGAUGCUGAUGAAAUAAUUCUUCCCCUUAAGCACCCAGACUGGAAAACAAUGAUGAGCAGUCUUCAGGAACAAAACCCAGGGACUGGCAUUUUCCUCUUUGAGAAUCAUAUCUUCCCUGAAACCGUAUCUACCCAUAUGUUCAACAUUUCAUCCUGGAAUACCGUGCCAGGUAUUAACAUACUGCAGCAUGUUCAUAGAGAGCCUGACAGGAAAGAGGUUUUUAAUCCCAGAAAAAUGAUAAUUGAUCCAAGAAAAGUGAUUCAGACUUCAGUCCACUCUGUCCUGCGUGGUUAUGGGAAGAGUGUGAGUGUUCCUGUGGAUGUUGCCCUUAUUUAUCACUGUCGGGUGCCCCUCCAAGGAAACCUUCCCCGAGAGUCCCUCAUCAGGGAUACCACACUGUGGCGAUAUAACUCAUCAUUAAUCAUGAAUGUUAACAAAGUGCUGCAUCAAACAGUACUGGAAGCUCAACAGUGAAACCUGGGUUAUAAGGCGGGAAAGUGGAGAGCUGCCCACAUCCUCAGGGAGCAGAGGAUAUCACUUAAAAGUUCACACUGGAAAUGCUUCCAGAUGAAGAUUUUUGUAAAGCUUUGGGGGAAACAUUCCUUUUACGUACUGUAUAAAGGUAAAUGCAUUUUAUCUGUGACCUGAAACAAGGGGCCUAAAGGUGAAGAUAAUUUCAAAACUAAAAAACUGUGUUUGAUCCCAGGAAGGCAAUUCAGUCCUCAGUCCCCUGACCAUAGAGGGGUCUGGAGAACUUUGGGAGGAGCCCGAUGACACUGUUACAUGUCAUUGCAGGAAAUCUUAUAAAUUAAAUUUUUUGAACACAGGGAUUCAUUGCUUUGGAAAUAUAAUAUAUAUCUUUAGUUACAAAAGUUAAGUGUUGGGGAAGCUAAUAUUUUAAGUGCAGCAGAGAAACUAAAAGAGGCAUUGCAAUACGUAUUUAAUGGAAUGUUCUCCACAACAAUACACUUUUAGGCUCAUCUAUUGCUCGUAGGAGGCAAAGCUCAAAUGGCAAUCACCAUUAGAAAAGAUCUCACCAAGAAUGUUCAUAGAACUCAAGAGUUACAAACUGGACGUUAUCGCAUCAAUGCCUGUGUUAGCAGUUGCUGUCUCUAAGAGCGAAAGCUUGGACAUUAAAACUUAUAAGGUAAAAGUACUGGUGUGAAUGAUGGGCUUGUGUGAUCAUGUAAUUAUCAGAGUUUCUUUUACUAUUUUUCAUUGAUUUGCUGUUUGAAAAUAUAAUGGCUCCUUUGUGUGUCUCUA